UUCAAAGGUKUAAUUCGUUUACAAUAAGUUACCUUCCUACCUUCAAUCAUGAUUAACAAUUUUAAAAUUUUAACUAUAUGUUUUAUUUUUUAUUUUUUUGCUAGUCAUUCCGAUGGACAUCAUAACACACCGGAGAAGACCAUAAAAAAGAUUGAAAAUGCCCUGAAUACGAUUAAMUUAAAGAUAAUUAAUAAAGCCCAGUUCGAGAAGGCCUCAGGGACGAAUAUAAACGCCGGUUCCACGCAGGACUUAGAGACAACAAAAGCCCAGUACAWAGCUACCGUAAUGAAGAUUAAAAAUGCCCUGUACGAUGAUACCUUAUACAUGAUUAACAAAAUGAAUACAGAUGAUACUACAAUAAUGAUGAUUACAACAGACCUGCACAAGSAUACCUUAGAGGAGAUUGAAAAAUGUACGUCGUGUUCAUAA